UCAAGAUCACAUUGCACCAAGCAAAAACUUCACAUCAUUAGCUAAUUCUUGUGUAGUAGCAUCAAUAUUAAAAAAUGGUUCUCCAAACUCAAGUUGGGUUGAACAAGCAUCAAUCCUACUCUCGCGAGCACCAUUAUUAUUCUGACAGCAGCCAUGGCCAAAUGAUGAGGCCUUCGGGUUAUUCUCAUAAUAGUCACAUGAUGAUGGGCCAUGGGGGCCAACACCAUGGUGGAUACUAUGGAAGCCAUGGUAAUGGCCACUAUGGAAGUCAUGGGCAUAUGCCACAUGAUUCAACCAACUUCUCAAGCAGCACUACCAUGGCCCAUAAUGAUGGUGGCUAUGGCAGUGGGAUGCAACAAUCUUCCCACGCCCAUAUGUCAUCGUCCAUGGCCAUGGGACAUCAUGGUCAUGGUGGCAGCCACCCUAGUGGUUACAGCCAGAGCCAGAAGUUCAACUGGGCACUAAAGAAUUUGGAUGAUUAAAUUUGACGCAUAUAUUUAUCAUGCGGUGAAAGUAAUGUGUGUGUGUGUGUAAUUUGGUUGUGGCUUUGGCUAUAGCACAAAGGUUUGCUACCUAAAUAAGUAAUUAUGUACUAAACAAUCUGCUGCUAUGCUUGAUUUUAAUUAUCCAUGUAUCUGCUUUUCAUGACUGAAAUGAUGAAUAAUUAAAAGUAUGUUUAUGAUUAAAA